AACGAAUGGCGUAUUCAGCGCAGAAUUUUGUCGCCGUUUCUGAUCUGCACCCGAAUCUCACUCGUCCUAAUAUAAUUGGUGUGGUGAUUGGAAAAACAGAUGCCAAAGGCUUUCCAGACCGAAAAAAUAUUGGAUCAGAAAGAUACAUUUUCAAUUUCACUGUUCGCGAUUCGCCAUCAUACUUCAUCAAUGUGAAUUCCUGGGGAAGGGAGGACUAUAUUAAGUCGCUUUCCGAUAGCUUUAGAGUCGGCGAUUGCGUCAUAAUUGAAAACCCUUUGGUACAAACAAAAGAAGUGGAAAGGGAGGAAAAAUUCAGCCCGACAACUCCUAGCAACUACAAGCUUCUGCUGAGUGAAAACCAUUCAUCUGUGAGGAUCUGUUUCCCGGGUGAAGUGGACCCCCAACUGCUCUCCCUGUUGAACAUUCCUGUGAAGGACCCCCAAGACUUCUACUCACUGGGGGAUAUUGUGGCCAAUGGACAGAACCUGGAUGGGAGGAUUAUUAAUGUUCUUGCUGCUAUUAAAUCAGUUGGUGUGCCAAAAUGCUUCACCACCUCGGACAGAAGGAAAGGCCAGCGAUGUGAAGUAAGGCUGUAUGAUGAAACAGAGUCUUCCUUUGCAAUGGUAUGCUGGGACAAUGAAUCUAUCCAACUUGCACAGAGCUGGAUGCCUCGAGAAACAGUUAUCUUUGCAGCAGAUGUAAGAAUAAACUUUGACAAAUUCAGAAAUUGCAUGGUUGCCACUAUCAUUUCAAAAACCAUCAUCACUGCAAAUCCUGAUACCCCAGAAGCAAAUAAUCUUCUCAACUUUAUACGAGAAAGUGCAGAAAUGUUAGAUCUGGAUGAUGACAUCAGAGAGCAAUUCAGAGAAUCUGUAAAUUUGCAGACAAUAGCUGAUGUUUAUACAGUGGAACAGUUAAAAUCUGAAGUUGUGCAGAAAGUCGGAAAGCCUGAACCUUUCUAUGGCAUCAUUUUUGCCUACAUUUCGACACUGAAUAUUGAUACCGAAACACCAAAGGUCAUACGCAACAGAUGUGUCAAGUGCCGCUUUGUGGUCAACGAAAACACAAACGCGUGUUCUUUCUGCCCCGAUUUUGGUGCCUCUUCUGAUGCCAUCUCAGUCUUCCCCAGCUUUGAUCUCUUUGUCGAUCUGACUGAUCACACAGGCACCCUCCAUUCUUGCAGUCUCUCCGACACAGUGGCCGAAGAGACUCUGGGUUAUACGGUCCAGGAGUUCCAGGCUUUGACCGAGGCUCAAAGGACUGCCUUGAAGUGGCACUUUCUGUUGGAACGAAGCAAAAUUUACUUUAAAAUUAUUCCUUCUGCAAGUUCGCGAACUGGACUGAGAGUGAACCUCCUCUCUUGCAAGCUGGCUGAUCCUGUGGAAGCCAGUCAACACCUGUCAGUGAAAGAAAAAUAA